GUGGGGUUGAAUAUUGGAAGCCCAUUGCCCAUACCGUACUUCCCAUGCACCCAACGUCCAAUUCUCCAACUUUCAGAAGAAAUUCGUACCUUGUGACCAUUCACUGCAGAUGACACUCGAGGCCUUGAGCUUGCAACCCUCAUGUCGCUGACAUCGAGACCGCCUUCGAUCAUUUUAUCGUUAUCCUAGUUGUCACAGAAGCCUUGAUUGCUCCUUACUCUCCCUAUACAUAGCUAGGUCUGCUUCCUCCGCGACCCGCCCGAUCGAUACCUACUUUGCACGAAGAUGUUCUUCCUCCUCCGAUACGUUCUCUAUUUCCUAGGCUUCUACUUCGUCACCAUGUUAUCCUGCUUCGCUCUCUAUGCCUAUCUGCCGCAGCCUCCCAAGAUCCUGGGCUUCGUUGCCCGCACUAUGGCCGCCUACAUCAGCCUCAUAGCCUGCGCAGCCUAUGGCACGAUAUCCUCUGCUAUCCUCCGAGUCUUGGGACUGCAUUUUGCGUAUGCUCAAUGGACGACGGCCAAAGCAUUCAAGAAUCUCUGCACCUAUACAGUGGGCGUGAAAUUCGACGUCUUGGACAACGGCUACGAGAUCCUGAACAACACCCGCCCCGCGGUCUUCAUCCUCAACCACCAAACAGAGCUAGAUGUACUGUUGCUGGGUUGGAUAUGGCCAAAAAACUGCUCUGUCACGGCAAAGAAAUCCCUUCGCAACGUCCCAUUCUUGGGCUGGUUCAUGACCCUCUCUGGCACCGUCUUCAUUGAUCGGGUGGACAGAAGUGCAGCUCUGAAGGCUUUUGAGGGUGCUGCCAUGACCAUGCGAGAAAAGAGACAGAGCGUUGUCAUCUUCCCAGAGGGGACAAGGAGUUAUUCCACCGAACCGAUGCUGCUCCCUUUCAAGAAGGGUGCCUUCCAUCUGGCUGUACAGGGCGGUGUGCCUAUUGUACCGAUUGUGGCAGAGAAUUAUAGCAAUGUGUUGAACCCCAAAGCUAAGAGGUUUAACGCAGGAACAAUCCGAGUCAAAGUUCUGGAUCCUAUUCCCACGAAAGGCCUCACGGCGUCGGACGUUGAUAAACUAACACAAGAUACUCGCGAGAAGAUGCUCGAUGUCAUAACGGCCAUGGGCAAAGACUCGCAGUCACAAUCCGUGCAGAAUAAAAAAGACUCCUGAGGCCGAACCAACGGCUCGGCUAUUUGUUAUGAAGCUCGAGUCUAGCGGUCUGCGUCAGAUUGUACCGGAAGGGCGAUGAAGAUGUUCCAGAAGUCAAAUUCACUUCGCUUCCGCUCGAAGAAAGAUCCUAGAACUCGCGUCCUGAGAGCGCCAGAAACCGCGCUUCUUCGCCCCAUGCCCUACAUUUUCUCGUUGUGGAAUACCCAUUAUGAGUGGUUCUCACCAGACAAAGCCAACACUUUUACACAAGACUUCGAGCAGCACGCAGCAGGCGCUGCGCUUCUCACUCGACACGGACUGAAAAGAAUAACCCGUUCACGACUUACAGGAUAUAUUUGAAAACGUGCUACGGCACGACGGCAGGACAAGGUACGAGUGGGACUAGGAAUUUCGCUGAGUGUCGUGGUUGCCGCUGGAUUAUCAAAAGAGCUAUACCAUGCAGUCAGGAGAAAGGAGGGAUUCAAGUGUAAGAAACGAAAAGACCCAGAUCAAGAUGGCUGGCAAUUCUGAUACCCAAUGCCUUGGAGGCAGGCGCAAUGACAUACCCGGCUGGGGAUUUGCUGUGAUUUUCAGCGCGACGAUUAUCCACGUAUCAUUGAUUACAUCGGAUAGAGGCAUGAGCAGAUCGAGUUGCAGCGCAUAGCAUCGCAUAGCACGGCGUGACGUGGUGUGGCCCAGGGUUAGAGCCACGAGCAUAGAUAUUCAAAGACAAAACUAUUUCUUCCCCCC